UUGACAAUUGUUUACUCACCUCGUAGGGUGUGGUGUCAAUCAUUGGUUGCCGUCAGUUGUGUUUUCGUCCUAAUUUGUGUUUAAUCCCUCCGUCCCUACGCGAUGGAUCCUUUAAAAUUGUUGUUUACUAUUCUCCUGUCUGGGUUUUUAUUCAAUGAAGUAUCCGGCCUCGAAUGCUAUGUGUGCACAAAUCAAAGUAAUAACGUCGAGAAAUGUUUGAACACAAUAAAAACUUGCGAACAGGGAGAAGACACCUGUCUGACAGAAAUACGUUGGGGCAGUACGCCCUAUUGGUCGGAGGGAGCUCCUAAGCAGUACUACGUUUCGAAAAGAUGCUCGACGAAGUCAGAAUGCGCUGCAACCCGAAAACGCUACAUGCCUUAUUGCACGCAUAUUUGGUAUGAAGAUUGGACUUGCUCUGAGUGCUGCAGAGGAGAUCGGUGUAAUUACUACAUAAUUAAUGGAUCGUCACACUCGCAAUCAAACGUCUUACUUGCAAUAGGACUGUUUAUUUUUGGAUGCACAAUUGCCAUGGCGUAGGGACAGAAACCUCCACUAGUCUUAAGAAAAAAAAUGUAAUUUUAACAAAGCUAUGUUGUAAGCACAAUUUUUUAUUUGUAUAGAAAAUAUUGUUUUAAAGUAGUUGAAUCUCGAGUAACUUGACGCUCUACCGAUGUGAUUUGUAUAAUCAAAUUGAAACCAUUCCGUCCACUUUUAUACAAUUGCGCAAAUAAAUGUUUUUAGAAAAA